AUGCCUUGCUUCCCAAUAUCACCAGUGAUGGGCAUAACAUUAGAAGCCCUCGAAUUAUAUCGGGUAGCACACCUCAGGAGCCCUCACUUAUCAAUUCAAGCCUUCGUCAAAAUGAUAUGUGAUUUACAUGGGGUUGAAUUCCACCAGCACAUCUCAUUUGUGGCCUCACUUAUCACAGAAUCACUCCGACGUGACUCACCUGACUGGUGCCUCAAACAUGCGUGUCCAGCAUGCACUUAUACACUAACUGAUGAAGAGAAGCUACACUUCAAGAUUCUCUAUGCUAUGGAUGGGAACGACUCAUUGAAGCGAGUUCUGCGACACUCACUUGAUGAUGAUGAUGACUCUCUUGGUGUAUCGUCUGAGCUUCCCACUGGCCAGGUACUCGUUAGCGACCAUUACCUAUCUCAUAACUUUGUAGACCAGUUUGCAUGGGAUACGCCAUGUGAUAUGGGAGCCAAUAGUCUGGCAGAGAACUCAUGUGAAGGCCGGUGGAAAAAUAUGGAUGAUGUGAAGACACGAAAGUCUUGGGGUAUUUAUGAUGAAACUGGUGUCUUUGUUGCUGUAUGCCGCCACAGCUUUUGUUUACUUAUCACAGACAUGGUGCAGAGCAGGGAGUGUGCAAAAUACCCUUUGGCUAUUGUUGCCAAGCUGCUGGAUGCAUUUGGUGACCGUUUGGGUGGUGGCUAUGACAUUGGCUGUCAGUUCCAGACUACUCUCGACAACAGUUCUCUGGGUUCCCUUGCACACUCGUUACGUCACACUUGCCUGGUUGGCGCAUUUCACGGACAUGCACACAGGCGGUUAUGUCAACUUUUUUCAUUAACGACUUAUAUCAAAGGUAUUGGUAUUGAGGAUCUGGAGACUUGUGAGCGAAUGUUCUCUAAGUCAAACUCCCUUGCAUUGGCUCUACAGUACACUAGCGUUUUUCAUCGUCAACAGGCCAUUGAUUCAUACUUUGAGCAUAACAAUGAGCUCGAGGUAUAUGGCAAUCUUUCAAAUUUCUUGCAUGGUAACUACAAACAAGCUCUCGAGAUCCUCACCAAUGGCGAAGCUGUCCUACCAAAGGUUAUGCAAGACCUCAAAGUCAAAGAUGAGAGCGUUUUUGAAUGUUGGCUUGAAGAUGAAAAAAUCUACCUUAAGGGUCUAACACGAGAACACGAAGAAGAGACACGUCAGAUGGAAUACUGGCAGAGAUUAGUGAAUCUCAGUGCAAGCAAAGUUGCUCUUGAAACAGGAAUGAACACGUUCAGAACACACAAUACUCUAUCAUAUGGCACAGACAUUGGAAACACACGCAAAGUUGAAAGCAUGCGGUGCCACAUUCUCGAGGACUAUGAGAGAAACCUGAAGUUGGUUCAGGUAUUAGAAUGCAGACUCGGUAUCAUUGCUCGCUGGGUUCCAGAAGAUGGAGAGUGGCAAAGGGCAGGGAGGCUUGUAGCUGAUAGGAAGUAUCAACGUGCCCUGGACCGUCUGGAAGGUUUGGUUGUGGCUCGCAUCUUUGAACUUGCAAAUAUGAAGAGGGCAGGGACAGGUUACAAACUACGAAAACACAUUGCGAGGGCCUUACAGACACGCUCUGCCACCAUCAGAUCUGCCCUCAACACGUACAACAACCUUGCCAGUGCAGUGUACCCUCCCCGGCAAAUACUCAAGUGGGAGGAGACACGCUCCGAUGUCUCUCAAUUGCCUUGGUCAUCACCAGCAGCUCGGAGUGGGAUGGAUCUUUAUUUUAAGAUGUGUCGAGCACGUGAGGAGAUUUGUCGUCUAAAUAUCAAGGUUCACCGUCUGGUGACCUAUAUACGAGAUGAAGACAAGUACCUACAGGUCUGGUUCAACUCCUGCCAUAUGAAGCAGCUCGAUGAUAUCUCAAAGCUCCCCAGCUUCACUGGUACACUACUCCCUGGUCUAAGUGCUUGCACCGUUAUCGGAGAGAGUGCCAGCAUGCCAGAUCCUCAUAUUCCUGCCAAUAUAUUUGCUGCCCAUAUACCCACACACAACCCAUUGUCUCCUAUAGGUGCGGAUACUCAAGAGGACCUAGAUGAAGAGGAGGUGGCAGAGGAGGUGGCAGAGGAAGCCUCGAGGAGUUUGCAGAAUAUUAUCAUCGUCACCGAUGACUUCUCACAGCUCCAGGUUGUUGACAAUGGUGAAGUGGAGGAGUAG